AUGUUAGACCUCGAAGACAGCCCGCCGCCACUGAAUCACUCGCCGUCUCCGAGUGAUCGGUCGCAAUUCACUUCUCGAGAUACCACUCCCGUGACACCCGUCGGCAACGGCCCGUCCUUCAGCAGGAAGACUGAGAAAGACCUUCUGCCGUGGUUCAAGAAACCCAUCGACGUAGGACGCACGACUACACGACUCUGCUUGGACACCGACACCUCACUACUGGCGCCUGACUUCGACGACAACACCUUUCCAACAUUUGGUGUCUCGCCACCGCGGCAGGGAAUGGCGAGCGUAGCCAGACCUUUCGACAUCUCCGUGAGACAAACAUCGACAUCGCCACGCGGAAAUCAACCUUCCAACUUGACUUCGGCAUUGCAGAGAAGUGACAGUGAAGAGAAGCGCAUGAUGGCGAACGCCACACCAGACACGGCCUUGAACCGCCCCAUACCCCAAAUGCCGUCGAACUCGUCGAGCGAUUUUUCCAACUUCGAACACGGCGCUCGGCCGAUUUCGAUGAAGGGAAGGCCUGACGACAGGGCGCGGCGUGAGAGUUUGGCGCAGAGUCUCAACGCGGGCAUGAGCUGGGGAGGGAUCUCAGUAGGGAGCUGGAUCCGGGAUGACAUGGUCAUGUCCGGCACGUCACCUUUUACCUUCAAUUCACCUUCAUUCCACUCCUCCUCCUACCUCCCAAAGCUUGAGGCCAAUUUUAUGAAAGAUUUCUCGUGCUGUGGCCUCACCUUACCCACCCUACACGAUCUAUUACAGCACUAUGAAGAAGCCCACGCCCAGAAGGAUCCGGUGCAGCCCCAUGCUGCUCAACACACCGUUCCUGAUAGCCGAGCCGCUAUUGCUGCGACGACUGCAGCUCAAGUGCAACAAGAGGCGCAGCAGCGGAGUCAACAACAGCAAUCGCAGAACGCUCCAGGUCGGCCGUUCGGUAUGCAGCAGCCCGCUCCCCAGAACGUGCACAGAUCCUCAACAGGCUUCUCCAGCACAUUGCAGACGAUCCCAGAUAUGGACACUGUCGAAGACAUGGAGAUGGAUGAUAUUGACGGCGCUGAUGAGACAACUCCGCCCCCGAAUCUCUAUACUCAGAAUGCCCAAGCCUCUCCUCAGACCUCCUUUGCCGCUCCCUCGCAACAGCCCCAAAUACCCCAACUCAACACCAGCAUGAUGCAGGGACACCAAGCUUAUCGACAAUCCACUCCCAACACGCCCGUAGCUACGGGGCGAAAUGCUGCUCGAUUUCAGGGCAACACUUCCUCCACAUUGAUGGCGAACCCCAUGCAGCAGUUCCAAGACCUCCAAACUGGGUAUCGGGGUACCCCGGAUUCCUCAGCCCCCGGCACGCCCGGUGAGAUGGCUGACGGGAUGAUGGAUGGGAUGGAUGACAUGUCAAUGCAGAACAUAGCUCUGUACAAUGGGCUUCCCAAUGGUAUGGGUGGUUAUGGUUUCGGCAUGAACAAUGACAUGAUCGAUCUCUGCAUAGACGAGCCGUCCAAGCGACUCUUCUCCACGGCUAACCAAGGCAUCAGCCAAGCACAAACAACACAGCAGCAGAUUCAGAACCGGCUCGGAACCGGGCAGUACGCGGCGAACAGCGACAUUGCCCGGACGAUUCGUGAGCGGCAAGUGGCUGCCGGGUUGCCCGACACUACGACAAACAUUCUCCCCCAUGAAGAGCCUAAGCCGUUCCGAUGCCCGGUGAUUGGCUGUGAGAAGGCUUACAAGAACCAGAACGGCUUGAAAUAUCACAAAACACACGGACACAACAACCAGCGCCUCCACGAGAACGGAGACGGCACUUUUUCCAUUGUCGACCCUGACACCCAAGCCCCAUAUCCUGGUACCAUGGGUAUGGAGAAGGAGAAGCCGUACAAGUGCGACGUCUGCCAGAAGCGGUACAAGAACCUCAACGGGCUCAAGUAUCACAAGACGCACUCGCCGCCGUGCAACCCAGACCUCCAAAUAAAUGCGAACAAGAGUCCAUCACUAAAUAUGCCUGGCAUGGUUGCAGGUCAACAUUCCGGAAACAUGGGAGCUGGCCUCUCAGGAGAUCUGUCAAUGAUGUGA